GUGUUUCGUAUCGUUUAGCUAGUUGAAUGUUAUAAAAAAAAACUAACAGACUGGAAACAAGCCAGCAGAAGGGGGAUUAUGAUGCAGAUCUCAGAGUAGCUGGAUUCUGGAAGUCCCGUUUUAAUAGCAGAUCGCGAUAAGACACGGGGAGGGAAGCCAGGAGCUCUCGCUGGAGCAGAUGGCAGAGAAGGAAAGUGCUUGAGCCUAGCCCGAAUGCAGCAACAGCAGCAGCCCUUCCCUCUGAGCUCCCGGCAGCCGGGCUUGGGAAAGCAUCACCAGGGAUCAAGGCGCACAAACACAGCUCUCAGAGAGAGGGGAGGGAGAGAGAUAGAGAGCAGGAGACACUCCACCAGUUUAUUGUUAACAUAUUCUUGACCUCCUGACCUCUUUCACGACACAGAUGUCUGCUCUACCUCUUUCAACUCCCCCUGGCUAAACCCCACCCACCCCGCACCUGGGGAGUGAGGAACCAGUUCCAGAGCCAGGCUGCUUUGCGGACAGGACUCCUCAUUUCAACUGCUAGCUGCUAACAAGACUAUCUGCCGGCUGUGCACGUCUAUGGAGGGCGGCUGCCUGGAGUUUGUCUUCUGAUCUGACAUCGUCACGGUCGAUCCUGCUGGGGCUGCUAGCAUCCAAAGGAAGCAACACGUUUAUAACAUAUAUCUCUUUUAAAAAGCAAACAAGUUCUCCCACUUUCCUUUUCCCUGAAGUUGGCAAUAGUCCUUCUUGCUGGGGAGAUCUGAAGUUUUCAGCUUUUUCUUCAGUUGGCGCCGAGUUUUACUUGUGGACGGAUCUGCUUGGUUACAGGAAGAAACUUACAUUCUUUCCUCCUUGUUUAUUUCGUGGCCGAGGUCUGGAAGUUCUGUAAUUUAAUAAAUAGACGAAUGGUUGGACUCUCUGGAUCUUAUCAACAUCACAGUGAGAAGCGCUCCACGAUGCCAGACUCCCCUGCAGAUGUAAAAACACAAUCCAGGUUGACACCUCCAACAAUGCCACCUCCUCCAAAUAACCAAGGAGCACCUCGAACAAGCUCAUUCACGCCAACAACAUUAACAAAUGGCAACAGUCACUCACCUACUGCAUUGAAUGGGGCACCGUCUCCUCCAAACGGCUUCAGUAAUGGAACCUCUUCUUCUGCCUCUUCCACACUGGCAAAUCAGCAGCUGCCACCAGCCUGUGGUGCUCGACAGCUCAGCAAGCUGAAGAGAUUUCUAACGACCUUGCAACAAUUUGGCAAUGAUAUUUCACCAGAAAUUGGCGAGAGAGUGCGAACCUUGGUGCUAGGAUUAGUGAAUUCUACCUUGACAAUUGAAGAGUUUCAUUCCAAACUUCAAGAAGCUACGAAUUUCCCUCUCCGACCUUUUGUUAUACCAUUUUUAAAGGCCAACCUGCCCCUGCUCCAGAGGGAGCUACUUCACUGCGCGCGCUUGGCCAAGCAGAACCCAGCACAGUACCUCGCACAGCAUGAGCAGCUGCUGCUGGAUGCCAGCACCACCUCACCCGUCGACUCCUCCGAACUGCUGCUUGAUGUUAAUGAAAAUGGGAAAAGGCGAACUCCAGACAGAACCAAAGAGAAUGGCUACGAUCGUGAGCCUUUGCACUCAGAGCAUCCCAGCAAGCGGCCCUGCACUAUAAGUCCCAACCAACGGUUUAGUCCAAAUAAUGGGUUAUCCUACCAGCCCAACGGCCUGCCUCACCCAACACCACCCCCACCUCAGCACUACCGUCUGGAUGAUAUGGCCAUGGCUCACCAUUACAGGGAUUCAUACAGACAUCCCAACCACAGAGACCUCAGGGACAGGAAUAGACCUCUCGGGAUGCAUGGCACCCGUCAAGAAGAAGUGAUUGAUCAUAGACUAACGGAUAGGGAAUGGGCAGAGGAGUGGAAGCACCUUGAUCAUCUUUUAAACUGUAUCAUGGAUAUGGUAGAGAAGACAAGGCGAUCACUUACAGUCCUUCGGCGAUGUCAGGAAGCUGACCGUGAGGAGCUUAAUUAUUGGAUCAGGCGAUACAGCGAUGCAGAGGAUAUAAAAAAAGGUAGCGGCAACAGCAGCCAUUCCAGACAACAGAGUCCUGUGAAUACCGAUCCUGCCCAACUAGAUUCCCAUCGGGAGUUCCUCCACAGGCCAUCUGGUCAUUUGCCAGAGGAAAUAUGGAAAAAAGCUGAAGAGGCAGUGAAUGAAGUGAAGCGCCAGGCAAUGUCUGAGCUGCAGAAAGCUGUGUCAGAAGCAGAGAGGAAGGCCCAUGACAUGAUUGCUACAGAGAGAGCCAAAAUGGAGCGCACAGUAGCAGAUGCGAAAAGACAAGCUGCAGAAGAUGCACUCGCAAUUAUUAACCAGCAGGAGGAUUCCAGUGAGGUAAGUUGUUGGAACUGUGGACGCAAGGCCAGCGAGACCUGCAGCGGCUGCAAUACAGCACGAUACUGUGGUUCAUUCUGCCAGCAUAAGGACUGGGAAAAGCACCAUCAUGUGUGUGGACAAACCCUUCAGGCCCAACAACAAAGUGAGGUGGCCACAGGCAGCUCAUCUGCAACACCCAGCAGUGGGGCAGGAAGCCCAGUUGACACACCACCAGCAACCACUUCCAGGUCGACCACUCCAGCCACUCCAUCCACAAUAGAAACGACCCCACGCUAAAGAUACAAAUUGCUCAGUCACACAAAAAUGAAAAGGAAAAUAAAACUCUUAUACUAUCAAAGGAGUAACUAAUCUGGAGUAGUAGUGAGUUACGAAGGCCAGUAAUGGGUCACACUUACUUACUAUGAAAAAACAAAGAUAUUAUUUGUUCAUCUUUUUUCUUGUUUGUAAACUGCAGAGAAGGCAGAGAGCAUCGCAAAAGUAAAUUUGACCUCUUCCCUCGUUAUUUUUCCAGUAGCUGGGAUUAAAACUAGGUAACCUCAUAAGCAGAUGCUUUAUCAGACAACAGACCAAGGGAUUGCUAAUUAUUGUACAAAGCAAAAAUGCUAAUAUUAAAGGACACGUUGUUCUUUUCUACAAUAAUGAAAAAUAAAUCUCUUGCAAAACCCUCAAGGGCACAUGCGUUGGCUACAGCAUAGACAUUUUAACAAGAAGAUGAAUGGCGUUCAUGGGUUACCGACUGAACUCUGAAGACCUGCAACAAAAUGUGCAGCUGUGCAGCAGAUUGGAAGGAAGCACAGAUGUUCAUCCUUUCCUCCAAAAAAAACAAUAUCCAGGUCAACAGAAUGAAGAAUUGAAUCUGUUUUUUGCAGUGGGAUGUAUGAAUACAACAACAAAGAAAAUGCUAUAAUAAGAGGCUUUCAAUCUUAAUGAGAAACAGCCUGCAUUGGAUUUACAUUUUUUUGGCAGACACUGUCUACCAGCUGCCCUCAAUAGAGCAUUUCUACACUUUUACAAGGUUCCACAUAGUAAGACAAUCAGGUCUGUUCCUGCUCAUUUUUUUGAUAAUGAAAUGGUGGCUACAGCACUGGCCCAUUCUGUGUUCUCAUCCAUCUGUUCAGAUUUGAAGUAGUUCUCUUGGUGUUAAAACACUUCUGUCCUGUGAGGUUCCCUAUGGUGUUCUUGUAAAUGUGUUGGACAAAUGUGAAGAUCCAUUGUAGCUAACCAUGCCCACAUUUAGUCUAUUAUUCCUAGUUGGUGAUAGACCUGUAUCUUUCUAUGCUGCCUUUAUAUCUGUAUGUAUUAGUGAUAUUUCUCUGGUAGUUCCCACAAUGGAAUUAUUUUGUUGUCCUCAAAUGAAAAAGAAAAAAAAGCUAUCUAUCUGAGCUGCUAUUUCACUCUGUUUAGGAUUUAUAAGACUUAGCAUGCGUCACGGAAUGCUAACAUAUUGGUGUUUUGUAAGAGGGAUGUACAUAAAUGUACUUGCACUGUCACAAUGACUCCCUAGGCAUGCUUAUUUGGGCAAACUCUUAAUAUGCUAGAGCCAUUUCACAGAGUUAGCUAUAGGUUAGAGUAGCUGUGAAUUUCAUUUCUUUGACAAACUGGUCACUUUUACAAGUGGCAUUUUAUAUAAUGAGAUCAUACAAGAGGACAGUGCAUGCAUAUCACUGCGAGGUCAUUAAGUAUUGCUGAUUUAAAAAAAACUUUUAUCUUAAAAAUACUCCAAAUGCUGAGGUGUAGAUUGACAGCUUUAACACUGCUGAAUGCCAGGUAUUAACAGUAUUAAAAAAAAGGGAAGUCAGCCAAAGACUGAUCCGACGGACCAAAAUCAGAAAAAAAAAGCACCAGUAAUUGUUUCAAAGCAGUCAGCAGGUUAAACGAUUUCAGCAAGUUUCAGUAAAUUCAUUGUAUAAUCCAAAAACCAGAUGUCAUACACGUAUAUAUCGGAUGCUGUGAUGUAUGUGAAAACAGCACUGUUUUAUUAACACUAGUGUGUGAAAGGAUUAGUGCAUCACAUUACUGAUCUACUUACUUUAAUUCAGGGCACCCUGUGUAAACCAAUUCUCAGAGUUCUUCUCUUUUCUCCUGUUUUGCUACAGACUCCUCAGUGGCAAAGUUUCACUCUACCUCUGACAGCAUGUAUAUUGCACCAGUAGCUAAACUAACUGGUAUAGUCAAACCAAAUGGGCACAAGAGAACCAGGAAACCAAAAGUAAGCUCAUACAGCUGCAAACCAUAUCACUACUUGGUAACAAUGCAGACCUCAUACCUGAACUUUUGUUAGUUUCCUUUUAAGCUUGUCACUUAUACAGAUUAUGUGAGAGUAUAAUUUGUAGGUAUAAACGCAUAAAAAAAACUUCAUUAAUUACAGUUUAAAGGUUGGUUGCUGAUAGGAACGGGGGUGGGGGGUCCUCUCUGUUGUGAGACGUACUUGUGACAGGACCACCUGUCUUUGUUGUGUAGGUGCAUGUCGUGGAACAAAAAUGGGGAAAAAAAAAGCAAAGGCCAGUUAAAUUAUGCAAAGCAUGCCUAUGCCUGGAAUACUUAAGAAAGGGACUCCAUAUUGUCUGGUUUCUGAAAGGACAGAAAAUUGGAGAAUUUGAAAUGCAGAUUGAAGUAAAAUUUUGGUUCUGCAACUUUAUUGUGAAAGUUGUUGUGCAAUACUUAAUUCAGACAUGUACCACAAGUUAACGGUAGACUAACUUUUUGGGGGGUGUCUAGACAUCAUGCUUUUGUCAGCAUAUUUCUGAGCUUUUAAGUCUACUAUGUCUAAACUGUGGUUCCUUGAUUAUCUUUUUUUUCUUUAGUUGGACUGUAUUGUAUGGUCUGUCAACCUGUGAAUCUUUAAAGUAUGAUUCAGGUAUUGUUGUAUUCCUUACUGUGUAAUAAAAAUUUUACUAUCUGUA